AUGCCUAUCCUCCCCCGCCUUCAUCUCUUCGAAAUCGCCGAUCAGCCAUGGUGUCCCGACAAGGCCAUCGAAUAUGUUCAGCUAUGCCUCACCCACUGCUGGAACCUGCGCCUGCCACCGAUCGCCAAGGCUUCUUCAGCCGACGUUGCCUGCGACGUCCUUGCUGAGAAUUUUCCCGACAUCUCGUCUUUCACCUUUGUCGAUUUGGGCUCGGGCGCAGGAGGCCCAUCCUCCACCCUGGAGCGACUUCUCAACGCCCGCCUGCGCGCCCAGCAUCUCCCCCCGGCCCAGUUCCUGCUGACCGACCUCAACCCCCAUCCGCGCGAAUGGGCUGCCCUCACCAAGCAACAAGAAAACAUCUCCUACAUCUCUGAAUCAGUGGAUGCGACCAAAUGUGAUCGACUGGUCCCACAGAUCCGGAAGGAAUGUCGAAUGUUCAACGUGGCGUUUCACCAUUUCGAUGACCCUCUUGCUAUGCCCAUGUUGCGGAGCGCGAUUGAAUCGGCCGAUGCAUUCAUUAUUUUCGAACUCACCGCGCGUGAUUUCAGCUCGAUGCUUAUAUUACCUGGCAUAGUACUGAUCGCAUUCCAGUACACUCUGCUUCGAUUCUGGCGGUCACCCUUACAUUUGCUCUUCACAUUUGUGUUGCCUCUGGCACCUCUACUAAUGGUCUUUGAUGGCUUUGUGUCCAUCAUGCGCUGCCGGACUCCUGAUGAGCUGCAUGAUCUAGUCAGACGGUCGGAUGCGGCUGGCUUGGAGAACUGGGAGUUUCGGUCUGGCAAGUCGCCUGUUAUGUAUCCGACUACAAAUGUGCAUUGGUUUAUGGGGGUGAAGAAGACAGCUCAGUAA